GAUCUGUAAUGGUAGUGCAAAAAGUAAAUUGUUGUUUUUAAUUUAUUUACACAAACUACACAACUAUAAUUCACAAAAUGGGGACGCAAAAGCCGGGAGAAUGGGCGAAUUCCUUAAUUGCCCGUUUCGAAGAGCAACUCCCCUACAAGACCGGUGCUCAGAACCUGCACUCCCGCAUCAACGAGGAGCAGUGCAAGGCCUGCCUCGUCCAGAUCAGCAAACACCGCUUCUCUCUAGUCAUAUCUGGCCUCACUAAAAUACUGCAGAGGGUCAAUGAGCUGUACCAACCUACAAUAUCAAUGGGCUCGAAUAGGCCGCAGACAGAACAAGAGAAAGGCUACCACGAUAGCCUAGUCAUAGUUCUGGACACACUGGAGAUAUGCCUCAGUUCACAGCCCAAGGACACAGCCAAGUAUGAUGAGGCCAUGAACGUGAAGAUACUGCUGAGAGAAGUCUGCCAGUUCAUAUUUUCAAUAUACUACUACACAGACAUGCGCAAUGAGAGCACAGUGAACAACACGUUACUGAGACAGCUGGCCAGCAAGGUGCUGUUCGCGCUCAGUCUCAACUUCUUUAACGCUGUGUUCAAUCGAAUCAGUGCACGGUUACAGGAACUGUCAUCUAGCUCAGAAGAAAACCCCGAUUUUACAGACAUAGAAUUAAUUCAACACGUGAACCUUGAUAUAUUAAGGCUCAUACGAUUACUUACAGAAUCUAUACAGAAAUACAAGCUAUUGAAGAAGAAUGCACAUGUUGUGCUCACCUCGUCUCUAGAGAAAGCUAUAUGGAAUUGGAUGGAUACUUAUCCACAGGAAUUCGCAGAGAACCAAAGUCGGCCUAAUGAUGAAUUGAGCAAAUGUUGCGAUUUAUUAUUUGAUCUCUUGCAAGACAGUUUCUCAGACAACAAGAAAUCUAGGGUCACUGUGUGGCCGCUACAGAUCAUGCUUCUAUUAUUGAACCCUAAAGUUCUAGAAGAAAUAGUGAAUGCGGACAGCGGAGCGCCGUGCAGUCCGCGACAUACGAAGAAGAAAUUAUUCAUAGAUUGUGUCAAACGCGGACUCAGUCCAUCAAAUAAUUCGAAGCAGAUGACGGAGGCUGCGGUAGUGACUUGCGUGAAGCUAUGCAAAGCGUCCACAUAUCUUAAUAUUGCAGACUCCGGGAACGUUACAUUCAAACUUGUCAAAUCCGUCAUUAAUGAUUUAAAGUCCCUCCUCUUCAACCCCGCGAAGUCAUAUAUCCGUGGCAACCUGGUAUCAGGGUACUCAGAGAUCGAUCUUAUGACCGACUGCUUCGUAUCCCUGUUCCGGAUAAUGCCACAUAAUAACGACGCACUCAAAGUGUGCCUCAAUCUGACCACGCAUAUAUCCUACCAUUACGUGAUUAUUAAUUCUUUAUUGAGGAUAAUAAAGCAGCCCCGGCUACCAUGGUGGCCGCAGAUAGAACUAUUGUACCCGCGCGCCGCUGAGCUUCGCGCUAUGUUCACUGAUACCUCUAAUAAGGCCACGCAGGGCUACGUAGUCCACACCCCUCUAAGAAUGAUAUCACUAUCCCUGAAAUCCAAAGAAGUUCAGUCGAAGUUCAACAAGAGUGAGGAAAUGCCCGCGUACAGACAUCUACUGCUGUGCAUCGUUAAACUUAUACAUGCUGAUCCCAUGCUGUGGCUUAGUAAUCCUGGGCGUUCAAGCAUAGAGAUCCAGUCUUCGACUACGGAGCUUAUGAACGGCCUGGUCUCAUUGGUUCACCAGACCGGCAUGGGUGAGAUCUCCCAGGCCGCCAUGGAUGCUAUACUGGCUCUGCAUCGACCUGACAGGGUCCACAUGUGGAAUCCAGAGGCUCCUUUGAAUACCUUUUGGGAUAUUAGCUCACAAGUCCUAUACAAUAUAAGCCAGAAACUGAUCCAGCGGCAGAUUUGCAACUACCGCGAGGUCCUUAGAUGGCUGCGGGACAUACUGACGUGCCGCAAUGAGUUCCUCGCCAAACAUAAGGAGUACGCAAACGUGGGAUCACAGAUACCUAUCUCAAAACAGGCGCACAUCAAAUUGGAGGUAGUGUUCUUCAUGUGUCUAUGGUCCAUAGACACGGACGUGGUACUGGUAGCGAUGUCGUGCUUCGCCCUCCUAUGUCAGGAAGCCGACAUUAGGUGUGGCUCCGAUGAAAUCACUACGCAGUGCCUAUUGCCUAACUACGCCGUCUUCCAGGAAAUCGCACAUACCUCCACUGUUUUGACCACUGCGGCCAGUCAGGAUAUGGGUAGAGGAUGUUAUUACAAAAAUAUACACAGCUCAGCUGCACUACAGAAGCGGAUAAUGGCCUUGCUUCGGAAGAUAGAACAUUGCGUCAACGGGGUACAACCGGUGUGGGAGGAGACAUUCCGUUGUUGGGAUUCCCUCUGCAAGUUGCUCCAGAAGUACCCGAAAGGACAGGGGGACAAAGUGGACGACUGCCAGAUGGAAGCAAUACACAGAGCCGUUGCUAAGCGACGGGUCUCUCACCAUACCAGCAGUGAACAUGACUUUGAGAUGCAGAUCCAAGAGUGGGCGAAUAUAACAUCAUUCCUAUGUGCGCUCGGCGGUGUCUGCCUCCAGCGCAGGCCCACUACUUCAUGGUCGCAUCUACAUGGACAUGAUUCAAGGAAAUACAACGUUUUGGCGAACAGUUCCCAGGAAGUUCAAUAUUGCCCUGUUACUCAAUUCAUUGGCCAAUUACUUCGUCUCCUGCUAUGCAGUAACGAACGCUUUGGCCAACAAAUACAGACGCACGUCAAGGAGUUGGUCGGCCAUGAGAUGUCUCCUGCACUAUAUCCGAUACUCUUCGAUCAGAUCAAGGCCAUCAUUGACAAGUUCUUUGAUCAACAACAACAGGUAAUGCUAACCGAUAUUAACACCCAAUUCGUGGAACACACGAUAUUUAUAAUGAAGAGUAUCCUGGACAUCAAGAAGAGCGGCCAGCCCAAUGAACAUCUCAGUACUACGUCCAUCGAGACACUGAUGCUGUCCAUCGUCAGAUACGUGCGACACCUAGAUAUGACGGUACUGUCGGUGCACAUAAAGACGAAACUCUGCCAAGUGGUCGAGGCCAUGAUGAGGAGGAGGGAUGACCUCGCUUUUAGACAGGAAAUGAAGUUCCGUAACAAGAUGGUGGAGUACGUGACAGACUGGGUGCUGGGCACUAGUCACCAGAUCGCUCCACCACUCCGAGCUGACGCCUCCUCCAUCACCAGAUACCUGGUCUGCUGCAGAGAGCUGGACCAAGCGUGUAUGGAAGCAGUGGCUUCGUUGCUGAAAGGUCUACCUCUUCAGCCCGAGGAGUCGGAUCGAGGAGAUCUCAUGGAAGCCAAGAGUCAACUGUUUCUGAAAUACUUCACUCUAUUCAUGAAUCUCCUGAACGACUGUAACGAGGUGGAGAUGGCAGAAGGUCCAGGUCGGCUGGAGACGCUACGUAACGCGACCAUACAAGCCAUGUCCAAUCUACUCAGUGCAAACAUCGACUCUGGACUUAUGCAUAGUAUUGACUUGGGUUAUCACCGCGACUUGCAGACUCGAGCGGCGUUCAUGGAAGUGCUAACUAAGAUACUGCAACAGGGGACAGAGUUCGAUACUCUGGCCGAGACUGUACUAGCUGAUAGAUUCGAACAGCUUGUACAACUCGUCACCAUGAUAUCAGAUAAGGGCGAGCUUCCGAUAGCCAUGGCUCUGGCCAACGUGGUCAGUACGUCACAGAUGGAUGAACUGGCUCGAGUAUUCGUCACUCUUUUCGACGCCAAACAUCUCCUGGCGCCGCUGUUGUGGAAUAUAUUUUACAGAGAAGUCGAGGUAUCAGACUGCAUGCAAACCUUAUUCCGAGGCAAUUCCCUGGGCAGCAAGAUCAUGGCAUUCUGCUUCAAGAUAUAUGGGUACGUGUACCUACAGAACCUGCUGGAGCCUCUCAUCACGGCGCUGCUCGACCAGGCUGAUGAGCGAGGGGAUAUCAGCUUCGAGGUCGAUCCUGCUAGGCUAGACCCAAACCAAGACAUAGAGAUGAACAGGUCUAACCUAAUAGACCUGACCAAGGAGGUCUUCGAUAGAAUAGUGGGGUCAGCAGAGAAGUUCCCGCCGCAAUUGCGCAGCAUGUGUCACUGUUUGUAUCAGGUACUCAGUAAGAGGUUUGCCCAGUUCCCACAGACAAGCGUGGGUGCUGUCGGCACCGUACUCUUCCUUCGGUUUAUCAACCCUGCCAUUGUAUCCCCCCAAGAGAUGGGUAUAGUGAACCGCCCAGUCCCGCCCCACGUGAAGCGCGGCCUGAUGUUAAUGUCCAAGAUCCUGCAGAACAUUGCCAACCACGUGGAGUUCUCCAAGGAACAACACAUGUUGCCGUUCAAUCACUUCCUCAGGGCGCACUUUGAGGCCGGCCGCAAGUUUUUCAUCCAAAUCGCAUCGGAUUGCGAGUCCGUAGAUCAAACAUCACACAAUCUGUCGUUCAUAAGUGACGCAAAUGUCGUCGCCUUGCAUAGACUGCUAUGGAACCACCAGGAGAGGAUCGGAGACUAUCUGUCCUGUAGCCGGGACCAUAAGGCCGUUGGGAGAAGGCCUUUUGACAAGAUGGCGACAUUGCUGGCUUACUUGGGACCGCCAGAACAUAAGCCAAUUGAAUCCACCUCGAGUCUCCUGUUCUCGUCGUACGCGCGCUGGUCAUCCAUAGAUAUUUCUUCUACUAACUUCGAAGAGUUCAUAGUAAAACAUAAUAUGCAUAAAAAAGAAGAAUUCAAAAGUAUAAAGAGCUUGAAUAUAUUCUACCAAGCUGGGACUAGCAAGCUUGGGAACCCCGUGUUUUAUUUUAUAUCGAGAAGAUACAAAAUAGGCGAGGUGAACGCUGACCUUCUAAUCUAUCACGUGAUCCUGACCCUGAAGCCGUUCUGCCAGCAACCGUUCGAGCUGAUAGUGGACUUCACGCACACCAACUCUGACAACAGGUUCAGGACGGAUUUCCUACAGAAAUGGUUUACAGUGCUGCCUGAAGUUGCGUAUAUAAACAUUCAUGCCUGCUACAUAUAUAACUGCAACAGCUGGGUGAGGGAAUACACGAAGUUCCAUGAAGCUAUACUCGCGCCUUUGAGGGGUAACCGUAAGCUAGUAUUCAUAGACAAUCAUAGCAGAUUGUCAGAAUACGUAGAGGUGGAACAACAGAAGCUGCCAGGCGCCACUCUAGCGCUGGAAGAGGACCUGAAAGUUUUCAAUAAUGCCCUGAAACUAUCACAUAAGGAUACUAAAGUCGCUAUAAAGGUCGGACCAACAGCUUUACAAAUAACUUCAGUAGAGAAGACCAAAGUCCUCGGUCUACCCGUUCUACUGAACGACGUCUACUACGCUUCGGAAAUAGACGAGGUGUGCCUCGUUGAUGACAACCAGUUCUCACUCUCGAUCAUCAAUGAAUCGACUCCUUUGAGCUUCAUACACAACGACUGCGACAAUAUAGUGCAGUCCAUCAUACAUAUACGGAACCGAUGGGAACUUAGUCAGCCUGACUCAGUGACAGUCCACCAAAAAAUACGUCCAAAGGACGUCCCCGGCACGUUACUGAACAUGGCCCUCCUGAACCUCGGCUCCUGCGACCCCAACCUGCGCACGGCCGCCUACAACCAGCUCUGUGCACUCACCGCUACUUUCCAUCUCAAGAUCGAAGGACAGCUGCUUGAGACUUCUGGCCUAUGCAUUCCGUCCAACAACACGAUAUUCAUAAAGUCGGUGAGCGAGAAGCUGGCGCAUAAUGAGCCACACCUCACGCUCGAGUUCCUCGAGGAGUGUAUACAGGGUUUCCGAGGAUCUACAAUUGAGCUCAAGCAUUUAUGCUUAGAGUACAUGACGCCAUGGCUAGCCAACUUAGUUAGAUUCUGCAAGCCAUCAGAAGAAUCGAGACGUCAAAAGCAAGUGGCACAGAUAUUAGAAAAAUUGAUAACUUUGACUAUAGAGGAGACAGAGAUGUAUCCGUCAGUGCAGGCCAAGAUAUGGGGCUCCAUUGGCCAGGUCCCCGAGCUUAUUGAUAUGGUGCUCGACAGCUUUAUACAGAGAAGCGUCAAUUCUGGCCUGGGAUCCCCAAUGAUAGAAAUAAUGGCUGAUACCGCCGUAGCCCUGGCCUCAGCUAAUGUCCAGCUAGUCUCCAAGAAAGUCAUCGGUCGCAUGUGCAGGGCCCUAUCUAAACUGCCCAAUAAUAUCCUGGGUCCUGUCACCCCGGCCACUGUGGUAGACAAAACCUGUCACUCGCCGACCGCCAUGUUGGAGCAGCACAUGAUGUGGGAUGACAUCGCUAUACUCGCGAGGUAUUUGCUAAUGUUAUCAUUCAACAAUUGCCUGGACGUGGCCCGCCACCUGCCCUACCUGUUCCAUACAGUGACAUUCCUCGUGUGCUCGGGUACAGUCUCCAUGCGAGCCGCCACCCAUGGACUGGUCAUCAACAUCAUACAUUCGCUUUGUACUUGCACUACGCCAAGCUUUUCAGGCUGCGGUAACCGUAACCCGACGUCCCUGGCCAAAAGUUUUGCGUUUUGCUUCAACCCAGCUCUACAACCGAGAGCUUUGAUAGUCUUCGGGUGUAUUAGUAAAAAUGUAACAGAUGAUGAUAUGAAACAGCUACUCCGUAUACUAGUGAAGGCGCUGGAGUCAUUCAAUGAUCUCGCGUUAUUGGAGGCUCUGAUUAUGGCACUCACUAGGCUACAACCGCUGCUGUACCCGGCGUCACCAAUUCACAAGGCACUGUUCUGGGUGGCACUGUCAGUGCUGCAACUGGACGAGCCGACACUAUACGCCGCCGGGCUUGCCUUCAUGGAACAAAAUCUACACACACUGGAGUCUCAGGGACAAUUCCAGAGUAAGUCGCUGGAACAGGUGAUGAUGGAAACCAGAGAACCUCUGGAGUGGCACUUCAAGCAGAUGGACCAUGCUGUGGGCCUCAGUUUCCGGUCGAACUUCCACUUCGCGCUGGUGGGCCACCUGAUCAAAGGAUACCGUCACCCUGCCGCUGCCACCGUGUCACGAACCUGCCGCGUCCUCGUCAAGCUACUGGCACUCGUCGCCAGCCCCCAAACCCACCGCGACAAGUUCCACGUCACCCCACACACCGUCGCCUACCUCACUGCGUUAGUGUGUGUGAGUGAGGAGGUCCGGUCUCGAUGCCAUGUAAAGCACUCCCUACCGAAGUGGCUCCCCGACAACUGCGACCACUACUGUCCUACCGCUGAGUUGCACCAGUCGUCAAUCCUGAUCCAGCCGUCUUCGUCUCACAGUUCGUGUCACAGUCGCCGCCAGAAGUCCUGGGACGUACUCGACCAGGCCGCCAUCUCCUCCGCACAUGGUGGUAAAUCCCCAACUUUACAAUCGUCGAGCAGCGGAGGCCAUAGUCCUCAUCUCGUCACAGUCCCGCAUCAGGACAGUGAAGGCAGAGCACAUAGCAUGCAGCACGGUCCUACUGGAGAGUCGGCGAGGGAAGCAGGCGAUGGUGACAGCGGGUUUGAUAUAGUCGAGGAUGAUGGCCGGGGUUCUCCUGGCAGCACUGAUGAUACGGAGCGACCGUCGUCUACUAAAUCCGGGGACAGCGACUACCCUGAGACUUCUACUAAGCAAGCGUCAACUGACAAGGACACAAGCAGUCCGGAGAGUAAUAGUCUGCUGGACCCCUCAGUUCUAGAGGACUUCACGACUCAAGCACUCGUACUCACCGUGUUAGCAACACUCGUCAAAUAUACUACAGACGAGGAUGAGAUAAGAAUAUUAUACCAGUACUUGGCAGAGGGAUCCGUGGUGUUCCCGAGAGUGUUCCCAGUCAUUCACAGUCUACUGGACAUGAAGAUCAACCACGUGUUGAUGCACUGUCAUGAUCAACUCAUUCUGAGCGCUGUACAGAGUAUUAUACAGAAUAUGAUAGCGAGCGAAGACGCGAGUCAACAACAGUUGCAUUAUAUGCAGAGUUGUGGCUUUGGAGGUCUCUGGAGAUUUGCAGGACCAUUCACUAAGAACCAAUGCACAGCAGAAAGCAGUGAGCUGUUCGUGAACUGCUUAGAAGCGAUGGUGGAGACCUGUCUCCCUGGAGGGGACGAGGCGCUCACCAGGGCUCCGCCACCGGACCCUGACCAUCCGGACCCUUGCGACCAGCAUCGAUACCCUGGCGUCCACCGGCAGGCGACGCUAUACUGCGCGCCUCAAGACACCUAGCAGGAGGAGGACGAGUAAACACGGGACGCACGUGUUUACUUGUUAUCAAGAAAUUGACGUUAUUUGAACCCCAAAUAGAAAGGGAAUGUAAAGUACAAGAAACAGGUAACCCCACCAUUAUAGAUAGAUUUAUCAAUCAUCCGUUUGUUGUCAAUCAAUCAAUCGAACGUUUGUAUGUCAAUCUAUCAAUCAAGCAUUAGUCAAUGUAGUAUAAGUUUAAAUGCCGUAGAAAUAAUGUUUUUUUUAGUA